AUGAGUCCAGUGAGCAAGAGUCCAGUGAGCAAGAGUCCAGUGAGCAAGGGUCCAGUGAGCAAGGGUCCAGCAGGCACUCAAAGCAGCCGAGCCUCAGGUCCUUCACCUGCACGCAGCAAAGAACCUGAGGAUGAACCAUGUCCAAUCUGUAUGGAGCCAAUAGUGGCAACAGAGAAAAAGACUCUAAACUGCAAGCACUCGUUCUGUAGAGACUGUCUGAAAACAGCUUUCAACUACAAGCCUGUGUGCCCGACAUGUGGACAGCUGUAUGGCGUUUUGAAGGGGACACAACCUGAUGGAGGCAAAAUGGAAGUUACCAGAAAUGCUUCAUCUUUGCCUGGAUAUGAGAAAUAUGGAACAAUAAUCAUCAGUUAUUACAUUCCAAGCGGCACCCAAACGGAGGAGCAUCCUAACCCUGGUCACCCAUACGAAGGAGCAUCCCGUACAGCCUAUCUCCCAGACUCCUCAGAGGGGAACAAGGUCCUGAAACUGCUGAGACGAGCCUUUGAUCAGAGACUCAGCUUCACUGUUGGACGGUCCACCACCAGUGGCAGGAGCAAUAUGGUCACAUGGAACGAUAUUCAUCACAAAACCUCAGUAUAUGGAGGACCAACUCACUAUGGAUAUCCAGACCCUGAUUAUCUCAGCCGAGUUCGAGAUGAACUGAAGGUUAAAGGGAUUGAAUGACUUUAAGGUUUGUCAACACAUGAAUGUAGAGCUAACACAUGACACAACUAUCUCAAAAGCGUGAUGUACUGACAUCCCACAUUGUAAAAUGCACUUACACUACAAACCAGGAGGGAAAUUUCUUUUCAUAUUUUUAAUUCUAAUUAUUGUUUAUUGACUUGUUUAUAUUUUAUUGACUUUUUUUGUCUGAAAUAACUCAAUAUGGCUGGGGAGUGACAUUUCAACAGUUGAUUUUUAUUGGUCUAAUUGGUCAGAAUUCCCACGUCCUGGAAAACCUGGAAAAUCUCGAAAUUGAGAGGCUUGUUUUCCAGUUAUGGGAAUUGAUUAAAAUAACCAAAUAUCCUGGAAAUGUUUGUAUUUUAGCUCCUCAGUCAGAUUGCCUAUGUAAACCUAUGGUGUGUAUUUUAUACACGUGUGAUAAUAUAUGCACAGUAAUGCUGAUUGUAUGUGCAAUUACCACUUCAACUUGCUGGCAUGUUAUGUAAAAUAAAAUACACCCUACCUGAUGUGAAUUAAAUGUAAAAUGUAAGAUGGAAAUUAUUGUAGUCAAUUUGCCCAAAACCGCAGCUUAUAUAAUAUAUAUUUGUAAGCAAGUGCUGUCUGUUAUUAUCAAAAAAAAGAGUUGGAACCCUGUAAACUUCAUGAUAUGUAAGUAUUCUAAUUUGGCAGCAAAGCAAAGAGCUAACUGGGCUUGCUUUAUACAGUAGAUUGUAAAUCAAAAAAAUAUUUCAAAUUACUGUAUUCUGUCAAUGCACAGGUAGUACUGGUAAAAUUAUUUAAUGUUAGGUUGUGGGGAUUUAAAGGUGUUUUAGGUGAAAUCUGUAUUUUGGCUAAAUUCCUGUCAAGACUUUUGUGCAUAAUGACUUUAUUUUUUGAUCAGUUAAUGAAGUGAUGUCAAUAGAAACCAUCUUUAGGCCCAACAAAUGAAGUCAGAACUUUUUGUUUUGCUCUGUUGUAAUCAAUAACUAAACAGCCAGCAAUGGUCUCAAGAUUUUUAGAUUUUUUUAAUUUUAGCUUUGUUUAAUGUCAUACAUGCUGAAAAACAUGGGUUUUUAACCAUUAUUCCACAUAA